GCUAGUUUUGAGGACAGGAGCUUUUCGAGCCCGUGGACGACGCUGCGGCUGGUUUUCGCUCGGUUUGCAGCCCUCGCUGAAGUUUUCAGUCGGCCGCAAAAGACCAGAGCGCGCCGCGACACGCAGCGGCAAAGUUACAGGGUGCAGCGCUCCCAGCCACCCCACGCCGUCGGCGCGCGCACCGCACCGGUACGGCGCCGCCGCAGCGGCUACCGUAGCGGCCUAGACACAGCCUCGCGGGCAAGCAGCCACAAGCACCACCAUGGGCGCCGACAAACCGGGCUUGAUCAUGAACACGAUGGUCGGUGCCGGCGUCGGCGGCAUGUACGGCUCCGUCGUCUCCGCCUGGACCGCGCCGCCGACCAACAAGCUUGAUGGUAUUGAAAUAAGGCAGGACGCGCUGCCGAGCUUGCGCACGAUGUGGAAGCACGUCGGCGGCCAGGCCUUGAUCUUUGCCGGCGUCGCGGCAGCUUUCUCCAUUGGCGAGGCCGCCGCCAAGGCGGCAACGGGCCGCGACGACGUCGUGCCGGCCAUCUGCGGCGGCGCGUCCGCGGGUCUAGCUGUUGGACUGCGCCAGAAGACGUUCGGCCACAUGAUGGCGCUGACUGUUGGAUUUGCGACGCUGACGGGCGUGCUCCACGUGGCGCACGGCUCCUUCGUCCAGGAUCCCGACGCGCAGCACAAGCGCCUUUACGGCGUGCGCACGGAGGUCGCGCCGGUGCCGGAGGGGGCUCCUCGUCCCCAGUAGAGUAACUUAUUGUAUCUAU